AUGGAGUUUCUCUCUCUAAUUCAAGAGCUUAAUCAAGGCAAACAACUCGCUAACCAACUCCGUACCCAUCUCCAUCCUUCCUCUUCCUCCCAUGGCAUUCUCUUAAUCGAUAAGAUUCUUCGUUCUUACGAAAACGCACUUUUGGCUCUCUCCGGCGGUGCUGCUGCUUCCGUCAAUUCCGCCAUUGCUCCGGUCAAUGCGGCUGUCCAAGAUGGAGAUGUGUCCAAAAAGAGAAAGGUAAUGGCGAAAUGGAGUGAACAGGUUAAGGUUUCCUCUGCCUCUGCUGUUGAAGGUCCUGGUUGUGAUGGAUUUAGUUGGAGAAAGUAUGGUCAGAAGGAUAUUCUUGGAUCCAAAUUUCCCAGAAGCUAUUUUAGAUGCUCACAUCGCUUUACACAAGGAUGUUUAGCAACAAAACAAGUUCAAAAGUCAGACAAUGAUCCAACAAUUUAUGAAGUAACUUACAAAGGAAGACACACUUGCAACAAAGCCCUUCAUUCAACAAACACACCACAAGAACACCAAAACACAUUCCUUCAACACCCAAUCCCACCAAAACAAGAAGAUAAGCCAUUGCAGCAGUUACAUGAUCCUUUAUGCUUCAUGUUCAGCUCCGACCCCAUUCGAGUAAAAUCCGAGGACUUAGAAUAUGCUAAUGGUGGCCUCUUUCAACCACUUCGUACCCCGUCCCCGAUGUUUGGUUCUGAAGUUCAAGAUGACUUAAGCCCUUUUAGGGAAAGUGAGUGUUCUCCGACGUUUGAAUCGAAUGAUAUGUUUGGAUUGUGGUGUGAUUUCGAAACUGAGUUUGUGUCGAUUCCUAGUUCAAUGACUAAUAUUUCGAUUGGAGAUUUGGAGGAGUGUUUUAGUUUUGAUAACUUGGAGAUGUUCUGUUGA